CUCACGUCCCCUAAUAAACAAAGACAAAGCCAAUCUGUCAACACAGGAAGCCCCCGUUUUUAAAGGGGCACCCCACCUUCUCUCUCCUCCUCCCCCUUUAAUUUCCUUUUCCUUAAUUGUCUUAAUUUCCUUGUAUUCUGGUAUAAUCUAGCUAACCCUUUUUUUCCAUUAGCCAUGGUCAUCACCAUCGCCACCUUCUAGGUGGGAUCCAGGGCUCAAUAUAUAAUAUCACACUCAACACAGUUGCCAGCUCCAAAUCUCAACAAAUGGAUAGCAAGUUCAGAAAAAAGAACCGCAACGUUAACUCAUAUACCAGUGAACAAGAUCAAGACACUGAUAUAGCUCAAGAAAACCUUGCCGAGUCCCCUCCUUCUUCCACUGUGUUCAACAUCGAUGGCUUAGUCCCCUCCCCCACUUCCUCAUCAAAGAGAAGGAGGGCAAUACAGAAAAGGGUGGUGCAAAUCCCAAUGAAGGAGACAGAAGGGUGUAGGCUAAAAGGAGAGAGCAACACCCCACCCUCGGAUUCAUGGGCAUGGAGAAAGUACGGCCAGAAACCCAUCAAGGGUUCCCCUUAUCCCAGAGGGUACUACAGGUGUAGCAGUUCGAAGGGGUGUCCGGCACGGAAACAAGUGGAAAGGAGCUGCGUGGACCCCACGAUGCUAGUCGUCACUUACUCCUCCGACCACAACCAUCCCUGGCCACCUUCUAGAAACCACGCCAGGCCCACCAAAAAACCUGAACCGGUUCCGGACCCGGUCGAACCGGAGGAGAAGUUCGCGGACGAGUCCAUGAUAACAACCGCGGAAGAAUUGGGGUGGCUGGGGGAGAUGGAAGCGACGUCGUCCACGGUUCUCGAAAGCCCGUUUAUGGCUACGACGUACCAUGCUGACGUGGCGCUGAUUCCGAUGAGGGAGGAGGACGAGUCGCUCUUCGCCGACCUCGGAGAGCUGCCGGAGUGCUCGGUAGUGUUCCGGCAGGGGCUGCUGGCGGAGCGGCGGCGGUACACGGCGCCGUGGUGUGGGACCACAAGUUGAGGGCAAAAAAGUCAACACGAAAAGAAAAAAAGUAGAAAAACUAGAGGUGCCUGUUAGACGCGUUCUUCGUGCGCCACAAGAGAAAAAGAUACCAGCAUUUUUUUCCUUUUUAGUAUUGAGAUAUUUUUUAUUUUUUUUGUUUUACCGUUGUUAAGACAUUAAUUAAAAAUUAAAAGUUAUUGUAAAAAUUAUAAAAAUAUUCAAAAGAA